CCCGAACCGACGACGACGACAGAUAGCUAGUAGACUGGCACUUGCCACUCCAAGUUCGGACUAGCGUCAGACUAGUGCAGACACCAAUCACCGACCGACCAAAACCCUAAACAUCGCGCGACGACGGUUUCCCUUCUAACCUCAAAGUCGAAACGCGCGCGCUACGACGUCCUGCGAAACAUAACCUCAAACGAAAAACGAAAUCCGAGUGCCCGCCGGUAAUUGGUGAUCCCCGAGCAACGGUCCAUUUCACCCCGUAACAAACGCGCGCUCGUGUAUGUGUGUUUUGUUGUGAAAGCGCCUGCAAGGUAGGCAAACCCCAAAACACACCUUCGUGCGUGACGUGACACAGGCCAUUAAACGGUGGAACAGGGAGGGGGGAGUAAAGAAGUGAUAACGUAGUGCUCCGGAAACGGAAGGGAAAGAAGAACGGAUAACCUAUCAACACCACCCCCGGCGACAACGACAACAACAUCAUCAACGAACGUCAAACGUGUAAAUUUAACACAUUUCAUCUCUUAUAUCGUGGCCAGCGUGGGCGCCAUGGACGUGAUCAACUGCUUGGCGUACGUGUCCAACCAGCUGACGGGCAAUGGGAAUCCACCGGCCGUGGAUGCCGAUCUCGAGAAUUAUCGCCGGCUGUUGCGGGAGCAGAUCGAUGUGGCACCCAAGGAAAAGAUCGGCGGAGUAACGUACGCGCAGGACGGCGUGGUGUACAAGGAUGGGUACCGCGUGGAAAAGUUCGACGACGAUCGGCUCGAUCAGCUGAACGUGAAGAUCCGGGAGCUGGAGCAACGUAGUCAGGAGAAGGAUCAGAAGCUGGAUCUGCUGAACGUGAAGCUGGACGAGCUGGAACGAAGGUCCGUGGAGCGCGAGAUCGAGAUUGAAGGGCUGCGAUCGCGAUCGGUUAGUCGAGCGGGAAGUCAAGAACCGACGACGUCCCGAGGUGUCCCGUCUAUAGUGUUGGGCGAGCAGCAGUCCGAUACCCGGUACGGAUCGAACCGGUUCCGACCAAUUCACCGCGAGGAUGACUCACGAAAAACAAUUAAGAAGCGCUCCGUUACGUCGAACGUGUCCGAAGAUCGCACCGACGAGCUGGAUCUGCUCUCCCAAAUGGAAGAAGAGGAAGCGAAAAAGAUGGAGGAUUACGUACCGCUGGUGUACAACCGGGACGAGUACUUGUCCGAGGGAAACAAGCGGCACAAGAUCAGUCCAAUACAGGAGUUGUGCCAGAUGCACGAAGACGAGCACCGCCACCGGAUCAUGGAGCACUCGCCUGAGCCGAACUUUGGAGCGAACAUUUCUAAACCCUGGGGAGACAUCCAGCUGGAGGAGACGAAGAAACACGAAAAGCUCGCUCCGCAAGCGGUACAUGACAUCAAAGAGGAAACUCGAGAAAGCGAUGAAAGUGAUGAUCUGGCGAAAAGCAUGGAAGAAACUAAACAGUGGCUGAAAAGCCCACGGAACACCUUCCCGGAUGUGUCAACGUCCAACCAGGACCUGCUGAGUCCAGGUGUCUAUGUACCGACGGGCGUACGAUCUCGAUCGGAGAGUCCAGAAGAAGAACAUCCCACGUUGAAGCGUACCCGCAAGAAGAGUGACCUUACCGCGCUACUACUGGAGGAAGAACGCCGCGCCGAAGCAUUCUCCGGAGUGAUCAUACAAACCGAGGAAUCAGACUCCGAAGGCGGUCGGCGUACGGAGUUCCUGCAGUCCAAAUCGCCUUCCCCGUUCGUUGGUCCCUUCAUAGAGAACGAACGCUACCAACAGUCAACUGGUCAGCUGAUCGCGCUGGUUCUCGAGCCGGAAGAACAAUCAGUCUCGCCAGAGCACAAGCGGAAGAAGAGAAACCUUACAGCUGCGCAGCUGGAGGAAGAACGUCGCGCCGAAGCAUUCUAUGGAGUGACCGUACCGUCUGACGAGUCGGAUUCAGAAGGUGUUAAUCGCACGGAAUUCGUUCGUUCGAAAUCUGCAACGCCGAACUUUAGUACUUGCGUAGAAAAAGAACGCUUCCAACAGUCAGCUGGUCAGCUGACCCCGCUGUUGACCGAUUCGGAAGUGCAAUCUGUCUCGCAAGAACACCAGCGGAAGAAGCGGGACCUUUCAGAUAUGCAACUGGAAGAUGAACGGUGCACUGAAGCUGAAUCUCCAACGACCAACGUUGAUAACCAGGAAACCAUGCAUCCGGAGGAACGAUCAAUCUCCCAAGAGUACCAACAGCUUUCAUCGACUUCGCUCCCGCUAUCCCCGUCCAGGGAUGCCACCAUUUCCCCCGCUCCGAUAGCCUCCUCCGGUUCCCCUGCCUCUCCCGUUUCGUCGAUCGUAGACGAAUCCGUCAAAGACGGCCUCCCAUAUUACCAGUCCGGUGACGAUCGGUCUGUCUCGUCCUCCUCGGCUGCCGGCGGAAGCGUUUCCGCUGCUGCCCCCGUUGAAUCCGAAGAAAAUGUAAGUAGGGCUGGUAGUGUUUCUCUUGCUUCUUCCACCGGCCGCUCCGCUAGUCUAGACUUGCAUGUUGACCUGGCCGUACCACCACGAACCCCGUCACCAACAACACAUACCGGUCUUGCCGUUGCUGGUGGUGGUGGUGGAGCUGCUGGUGCCGGCCGGCAAAGCCCCAAGAGUCCGUCCGUAGAGGAUACCCGACCUCCGUCCAGCAGACGCUUCCGGAUGCGUACACGCAAGGUUCGCAGCGUAACUCCGAUCGACUUCAAUCAGACCUUUAUGGACGACUUUACCGAGCAGCGGAUCAGCGUUUCCCCGUCGGAGCUGGAGGACUACAUCAACAGCUUGGACGAGAUCAAGAUCGAUCCACCGAAGCCUGUUACGCCGAACUUUUUUCUUCCGACCACUCCGAUGACUUCCGGAGUUCCGAGCUUGAUUGUGACCGACGACAAGGGAGAGGAUGCACGGUUCCAUGAUUCAUUAUCAACGAAAGCGUUCUAUGGUGAUCAUACCGUGGAUCUGACGAGGGUUCUGAACCACCGCGUUAGCUACGUGGAAUGGAUGAAGAAGUUUCCAGAGAGCAUGACUAGUCACUUGGAGUUAGAAGACUACGAUAGUGAUGAUGAAGAAGUGGAAAGUAUCAUCAACGGUGCACAGAUGGAUGCGCCCGAGCUUCCGGAACCUAAGGACAGUCCCAAGUUUCCGGUUGAUAUUACCGCUUACGAUACCCCGUCUCCGGAACCACAACGAGAUCUACUGGCUAGUCCGGAGAUUCCUCCGGGUAAAUCCCCCGAAGUGCACACUGAAUUUCCGUUGAACGUAGUCCCAGCGUACGCCACACCCUCCCCAGUAUCUCAGCUAUCGGAAGUUUCCGAAUCCGAAUCUGCCCCCGAGCUCUCUUCCAUGGCCCUAGGAUCACCACUGCUGAACUCCACAGCUUCACCCAGAAACACUCACUUCACUCCGAUCACAUCUCCGCUCUCCUCACUCAAAUCCCCAACACCCGAUCCACACUCCCUAUCUCCACACUCCAUCCCCCGACUGUACAUCCCAUCCCCAUCCGUGUCCCCAAUCCCGAUGGACAUGACCCCCGAAGAAGCGAUCUUCGACAUCGGACACCUCGACGGGCUGAUCUUCGAAACCAAGAGCCGUUCACCAACGCCUCAGGUACAGCCUCAGUCGCUGUGUCCCCUCUCGCCAGAAGAACUGGCCUACGACAUCGGCAACCUCGGCGGACUGAUCCUGGGACCGCCGAGCCGGUCCACCUCGCCCCUUCCGCCGUCGCCAACACCGGGAUCGCUACAAGCGCCCUUCGCUAGCAGUAGUGGUAGCGCACGAAACACGAAACCAACCGACACGAAACCAGAACAGUCCUGAACAACGCCUGGAUUUGAGCAACACACGCAACACCACCGAUUCCGAUACAAGUUUUUACUCACGCUUUGAGUUUUUAGUUUCUAGUUUGUACUUACUUUACUCUUUUGAUACUUAACCUCAAUCCAGAGCAAACACACACCAAAACACAUACAAUGUUGUCAAUAAAUCGUUUCUGGUCAUCCAUCGUAA